AAAGAAACCAGCCCGAGUCUCACGGUGAGAACCCUUGAUUUGUAGGUCACGAAGAGGAUGGAGAGGCACAUGCUCAGGGGACCACUGUACAGGGACUUUGAUUUGGAGAGGAGGAAUGCCAAGCAGGCUGAAGCCAGACUGGGCCAAAGACUUCAGAGACUGGAGGAUAUCCGCCUCUACCAUUUGAAAUUGCUAACCAGGGAGCAAAGGCAGCUCCAAAAAGAACUGCAGAGGCUGCAGCAAGCAGAUAUCAGGAAGAAAAAAGUCACCUCUUAUUUGGGGAGUGGAAUUGAGAAGAGACCAGAAGAUGUUUUCAUGUUCUCACCACAAGAAGGACAGAAGCAUAGAGUCUCACAUACUAAGAAAAUUAGAGCAUUAGCAACCAGCGUGACCAAAGAAAUAUAUAAAACUACAUUCCAGAUGCCUCCUUUACAUCACUCUGGGCCCAAAACCCCCACAAGGAGUAAAGAGCCGCAGCCCUGCCAAAAUACUGCCUUCUUCACGGAAGAGAAACCACAAGCCCAAGAGAAGGGUUCUGUGAAUCCACCUGACAACAUAGACUCCAAUGAGGGCAUCCCUAUCCCAUGUCAAGAUCAAGAGGUGUCUACCAACAGUACAGAACUAGGCCCUGGUUCCGGCCCCACUGGUGACAUAAUCCCACACACCGAUGUGAUCGAAUCAAAAGAUGUCACCCCAAAGCUGGAUGGGAAUGCUGGGAAACAAAUCCCCCUAAAUCCCAUGGACCAUGCCAGAAGCUUCUCAGGCAAGUUCACAAAGCCAACUUUCUUAGAGCUGUUUGCAAAGGCCAAAAACGCCCACUAUCUGCGGCACAGGGUCCCCCCUGAGUCUGAGAGGUUGCUCAGCAUUGGGGAGAUAUUUGGGCACAGCAAGUCCUCGUUGUCAAGGGCAGGAAGGGAGUGUGAGAACAUCGUGCCAACUUCAUCCUUUCCUCUCUAACCAUUUCACACAGCCUGAAAAUAACAUACCCCACUAUCACUAAGGAACUGUGCUCCUCAAGUAAUAAUAGUACACAAUUCAGCAGGGAAACAAAUGGAACUGUAGGCCAAUUUUAUUUUAAACACUCAAGAUUUUGUGAUGGUCUUUCCCUCUUUUAUAGGAAAAAAAAAUCUUUCUCUGAAUGAACAAUGCUAAUAUACAGCAAAUAGGGGAGGAACAAAUCUUUUGAAAAUACUUGAAGUGAUGCACUUGGGCUUCUAAUGCCAUUGAAAGUAUGAACGUACAUUGAUAACUGGGCUUUUCUGGAAAACAGUCAAGAGUCCUGCUUACAUUGCCUACUGUUUCUUAUGGCGUUACCUGCUAGUAAACCAUCAUAGCUCUUUAUGUUAGUGGUUUUUUUAAUUUUGCUUUUAUUUUAUUUUUUCUUUUUUUUAAAUUAAAUCAUAUAUACAUAGAUCAUGAAUACAUUUAUGCCUUUGUGGGAUUCAAUGUGUUGAUUAUUUGUACAAAUUGGAGUGCUUACAUCCUAUUUUAGUUUAAUAUACAGGGGUGGUAGGAAUAAGAACUCAAUUGUAAAUAUGAAUCAUAACAUGACCUAUAAAGAAAACCUGC